AUGGGAGUCUUCUUUUGGGGCUACGCUUUUACACAGUAUCUGGGGGGUUACUUAAGUGAUGUGUUUGGUGGAGAAAUCGUGAUUGCAAUCAGUUCUCUUGGUUGGUCUGUACUAACUGUUUGCUUUAUAUGGCUGCCGAAUAUCAACUUUGGCUCAGAUAAUAUAUAUGGCCUUUUUAUAAUUACUCGCUUUUUAUUGGGGAUAUUCCAAGGGUUUUACUAUCCAAGCUUAGCAAGUCUAAUGGCCAAUCGUGUUCAAGUGGCUAAUCGAAAUUUCACUUUUGCUGUGAUAAGUGCUGGUGCACAUUUGGGAACAAUCAUAUGUGGUUCAUUGGGUUCCUACUUAGCUGAAAAUGAUGGGUGGCGUACACCGUUUUUCUGGAUCGGACUAAUAUUUUUUAUAUGGUCUUUCAUUGUCUAUUUGAUUGUUACACGUAGAACUACGAGAUUACACAGACUGCAUUUAAUCUUGCCUAAAAUAUUAAAAAGUACAUAUUUAAGUAAUAAGAAUAUAAAAAGUCAAGAAAUUAAAUCAGGAGAUUAUAUUGAAAUAUUAGAUGUGGAAGAACCAAUGAAGCCUUCAGAAUCAGAAUUUGUGUACAUAAACUCAAAAACUGUCAGUAAAGAGUGUCUGUCUAGUGUACCCUUACGACCCCUAAAUUGGUCUCUUCUUCUCAGACAUAAAGCAUUUUGGGUUAUGCUAUUGGCUAAUUUUGUUCAUAAUAAUACAUUUUAUAUUAUUCUCAACUGGUGCCCUUCUUAUUUCCACGAUAAUUAUCCAGAUGCAAGGAGUUGGGUUUUCAAUAUGGUUCCAUGGUUAAUCAUAUUUCCAUCUGUAUUAAUAGCUGGUGCUUUAGCUGAUCAUUGGAUGAAAACUGGUGUUUCCGUCACAUUAGUGCGAAAAAGAAUUACCACAGUUGUUCUUUUGGGUUCAUCUUUAUUCCUUAUUAUCUUAUCAUCUCUGGAUAAUUAUUAUUCAUCAUUAAUUUGUAUGGCUUUCGCAUUAGCCUGUUUAGGUUUUCAUUGCAGUGGCGUUCUGUUAAAUCCUCAAGAUAUGGCUCCAGAUCAUAGUGGUCAGUUAUACGGUAUUAUGGCUACAGUUGGCACAUUUCCAGGAUUUGCAGGUGUCUACAUGGUUGGUUAUAUAUUAGAAACUACGAAUCAAUGGUCAGUGAUUUUUAUGCUCACUUCUAUCAUCAGUCUAGUAGGUUGGGUAGGCUAUAUAUUAUAUGGUUCGUCAGAAAUUCUUUUUUAA